AUGGAAUCUCUUCGGAGACGACCUUUUUUCUCUUUCGAUUCCCUCGGUGCUGCUCUGGGGCUGGUCGUUGAUAUAUCUCGUCUGAGGUGCAAUGCCUCGUCCCCGAAGACCUGGCGCGCCAGAGCCGAAGAGAAGAAGUCGAAAAGGGUGUUGUUUGUCAACACAGGCCGUGCAAGGCUCGUAAAGUCAAAUGAGGAAAAGCCUCUAUGUCUCAAUUGCCAACGACAAGGAGAGGCCUGUGACUAUAGCGUCCGUCUGAACUGGGGUGGUCGGACCAAACGCGCAUCCGUUGAAUCGCCUGGCUCCCAGUCAAGCGGGUACGCAGGAACGAUCAUGUCUUUUGCGGACGCUACCCCAGCAGGCGCUAUGAGCUCCACUUCGGCGCCAAUGCCGGCUAAUACAAGCCCUGGGGAUGGUUUUGUCAACGUCCAUCCCAGUGAUCUGGGUUCCCCUGGGACCAUGUCCCCACCACUCGGCAUAUUUGAAUCACCCAAGCCGCAUGUGGGAGAUGGCAGUUCACCGGGCCAGGCUGAUAUUCAAUUUGCGUCUACCUGGCCAGAACACCCAUCUUCGACACCUCCAGUAUCGUCAGGUUCUCUAACACAUUAUCCUUUUGGUCCAGGUUUCCACGGGACUUUCUCAGCCGCCGCCGAUCAAGGUGUAGGCCUUCGUUCGAUGUCGGCAUUUGCAUUCCAUUCGAACUCGGUUUCGCAGCCCGUAUCAUUUCUUCGAAAUUCAUUGGAUGCCGGACAGGGAUCUGAUCAAAACGAAGACCACCGCGAUUCCAUUUCCCAUGAUGAGCACAGCUUGGGAUACUCCAUGGGUGGAAUGGCACCGCAUAGCAACCACUCUCCUAGCUUGUCAAACGGUAGUGGUAUGGCCUUGAUGCUUGGUUCGCAUGACCCAAUAACACGAAGCAACGCGGCUUCAUCACCUGACGAUACAAUCACGCCAUUCAACCAUCACACGGAGGCCAUGUCUAAUGAUCGCGAUGAUGGUGAUAAAGCCGCAGAAUCGUUCGCGGCCCAAAGCAGAUGGCAGGCCUAUCUCACCAGUGUGACCGAUAACUAUGGAUUGGAUUCAGGCCGGCCAGAUCGGGAUGUCGCAUUGAAUAACGAUCACGCUGCAAUUGAUGUCAACUCUUCCUUGGAAAUUAUUGGCGCUCGGGGGCACUCUGAAGAGGCUUCACCUAAGGGCUAUUCGACUUCAUCUGGGCCCCAGAGUGCUGAUUAUAGCGGGUAUUAUGCUGUUCCGGUGCCAAUCAACAUCCCAAGAUAUCUGUCCCCGCUGCCGUCAUCAUUGCUGGGGAACCCGAUCAAUCUGAUGUACUUUCAUCAUUUCCUCAAUCAUACAUCCCGGAUGUUGGUUCCUCAUGAUUGUGAAAAUAACCCGUUCUCGUCAGUGUUGCCGUCAAUGGCGAUCGACGACCCUAAUCUGCUCAACUUGUUGCUUGCGUACUCGGCAAGUCAUCGUGCGCGGUAUUUAGGUCAUGCCGAGCCAGCCAAUCGAAUCGCGCACUGGGUCAGUGAUGUCUUCCCAACCCUGCGCGUGGCAUUGGAAGCUUCCCACGAAGACAUUACCGAUAGCCACUUAGCGACUGCCAUUCUGCUCUUGUCCUUGAAGAUUGUGUCCCCGGGAACGUUUGAAGUGCCCAUCACAUGGCAGAGCCAUCUUAAGCUCGCUCGCGAGUUGUUCCUUGCACGGAGUGAGCGGCUUGCCCGGGCCGGUAAUCGAAUAAGCGCAUUCUUCGCUCGUUGGUUAGGGUAUAUCGACACAGUUGGUGCAUUGUCCUGUCGUCGAGCCGGUCCACCGUUGUUGCUGUAUCAGUCUGUUCUAGGCGCAUGCUCGAAUCCCGAAAACUAUGACGAGUUUAGCGUGGACUGCUUCACGGGAUUCACUCCUCGCACCGGUCUGUUUCUCAUUCGCCUGGCCAAGCUGGUCCAAGAGUGCGAUAAUCAGCGUUUCGACGAGCUAGGGAAUUUCCGCCGGGCUUGGCAUCCAUCUGCAGACAUGGUUCUUCAAGCUCAAGCCGUUCUGGGUGACCUAGAUGGACUUCCUGAGCAUGCCCAUGCUGACCCGGAUCACCACCAGGGUCUCGAAGCUCAAGACAUGAUGGCAACGGAAGAGGCCUUCCGGUGUGCUGGUCUCAUUCAUCUCCACCGCCGUGUGCUAGGGUCAUCAGCAGACUCGUUCCCGGUAAAAGAAGCUCUUCGCCAGCUGAUUGAUGCCCUCGGGCGUAUGAGACUGGGUGCCUCGACCGAGGUUUGUUCGUUGUUACCGUUAUUCACGGCGGGAUGUGAGUCUCGAGAUCCGUCACAACGGGCCACGAUCCUAGAUCGGUUCAUGGUUCUGGAGAAAUCGGGUAUGAAACAGAUCCAAAAUGCUCGUCAGUUAAUGCAACGAUGCUGGAAGGAAAACCUUCCCUGGGUUGCGUUGGCUGGCGGAGAGUUUUUCGGAUAG